UCUCCCAAUGCGAUGGACAACGUAGUUAACGUAGGAUUUAUAUUGCGAGUAAAGUUUACAUACGUGUAUGAAUAUUAAUGAAGAUCACAACGAGGACAGAAUUAUUUUCUUCCAGGGCCGCGAUGAUAUCACGUUUGGUGCAUUGGCAAGUUUCAUGAGUGAUCGAUCGGCUCGCACAACUGGAGCACACGCGAUGUUUCACACUUGCGAACGACCUUCUUUCUUUUAAUAACGGCGCGUCGGCAGCCUUAAAAAGAAAGAGUCGAAGCCAGAAAGCCGCUGCGCGUACAGAGUAGGCAGAGGGGCCACAGAGAGAUGGCCAAAUCCGCCGAGUCUGCGAGGAGAAGAUUGAGAAGAUCGCGCAACGUGUCCUCCUUUUUCGAGGAAUCGACGCCGCCGUCGCCGGCAAAGACAACGGUGAACGUCAUCGCGGACGUUCACAACGGGGCGGGCGAAAGGUCGUCGAGUCGACGACAACGAGAUGACGACAAGAAGACUAAGCAAAGAUCCUCGCAAAGCUCCAAGGCUUCUUCGCGAGCGAGGAGCGGAAGCGCUUCCUCGAAGGAUCUCCCCAAACAUGGGGACGACUCGAUGAUGACGGAGUCGCUGGAUCUGAUAGAGGAAUUCGAGGCAUCGAAGAAGAGAAACGAUGAGUCUCUCGAGGAGAAACCGCGGCGCAGAAAGCAAUGGAACACCGCGACGGCGGUUGUGGCGAACGUGACGAUCGAAACGGAAGCAGGAGACUCAGCAUCGAAGAGGCCACAGCGGAAGAGGUGGUCCAAGGACGCCGGCGUGAUCCGAUUGCCCGAGACGAGCGGCGACGACGACGCAUCCCCGUUGAUCGACGUUGAUUCAUCGCGCAAGACGCCGCCGCCGCCGCCGCCGCCGCCGCCGCCGCCGCCGGUUCCAGCGCCGCGAAUCAAUCUACCAUCGCGAUCAUCGCGAAGCGAUGCCCUCCUUGACAAUCCGGCCUUCGUGUCGGAUAACGAGACGGACGAGGUGCUCCGGAUCGAGACCGAUCACGAUCGGGUCAUUAGCACUAAGAUCGAAAUGAGGAGGAUGAGCGAGGAUGAGGCUGGCAGCCCAGCCCUGCGCUUGAGCAGCGGCGGCGGCGGCGGCGGCUCUUCGGCAAGAAAGCAUCGGUGGGAGAGCACCGCGGCGAAGUCCAACGAGCGUCUCGCGGUGGACAGCGACGAUCAUCGUUCUUCGAAAGCGAAAUCCUCGGAAAGUUCUCGAAGGAGCAGCGUCGGCCAAUCGGACGAAUCGGACGAUCCGGAGAGAAUCACCCGCGCCGCCGACGAUCACACUCGAUCGAGCUCACGAGCCUCCGAAGAGCGUGGAAUUUCGAGCAGCAGCAGCAGCAGCAGCAGCCGCCGCCGUCGCCGCCGCCGCCACAGGUCUAAAUCGCGAGAAACGACGCGCGUCAAUCACGAAUCCUCGAGGAGAAGAGAGCGAUCGUCCUCGUUGAUCGAGAAGAGGGACGCGCCGCCGCCGCUGCUCGUUGUCAGCUCAUCCGCGAGGGAUGCGAGCUCUGCGGUGGUGGAUCCGGACGCGAGGAUCAGAAGACAGAGGAAGAAGAAACGUAAGCAGGAAAAGGAAGCGACCAAGGAGGAAAUCAAGUUUAUCUCUGUGACGAUUCACCGGGCGGACGUGCUAGAGGCCGAUUACGUGAGUGUCAGACGACCGAUGGUCAGGAUUCAUAUCGUAGAGGCUCGCACGGGCUCGUAUCUGAAGAGCGGUAACACCUAUCUUCAGCCAAUGAUCACCGGCAAGUUCGACUUUAAGAAAAACAAAUCGAUGAUACCAGUCUGGGAAGAGGAGCUCAUCUUCGAGCACAGCUUCGACGCGAUUAUGAGACGCGAGGAGAAUGAACGAGUGGUGAUUCUCUUCGAGGUGAUAGAGCUCCUCAACUUUGCCGACGCGAGUCUCGGUUACGACAAAGUUGGUAGCGAAGGAUGUUGGAACAAAAUUGCCUGGGCAUUCCUCAAACCCGUGGGUGUAAAUAAUAUUUUUUAUACGGACAAGAAGGUGCGAUUGCAACUUUACAAACCCAGACAAAGUUUUAAAAAAUACGGGAGACAAAAGUGCGAGGUUUACACUUGGUGGCAAUCGAACAACAGGGACAAGUAUCCCAGUAGUCUUCUGGUAACAGUGACGUCAGUUCCACCGCCGAAACUCGAGCCUGUGCUUUAUCAAAAGUUGCCAAUGAACGAUCUCUUUAAUGACGCACAAAUCGAUUCGCGGGGUGUUUCGAAAUGUACGUCCGAGUCGAUAGGUCUCCCUAAAUGGGCGCGACUGGCCGCUCAAUCGUGUAAAAUUCCAAACGAGACGAUGUUCGAGACGGAAGUGAGCGAGAAAGGCUGCUUCUACGUCGCCUUCAGCAACGACGGCAAGUAUCUGGCUUGCGUCCAUUCCGAGGAGUACUAUUACCCGAUUGUCGCUUACGAGAUCGAAACCGGCAAGAUUCAUGUUCGAUUUCUCAGCCACAAGACUUUCGUGUACUCUCUAAGCUGGUCCAGCGACGAUCGUUACCUGUUGUCGGCGUCCGCGGAUCAAACGGCACGUAUCUGGGAUGUUCGCAAUCAAAUCGUGCAGUAUGUCGAGAUGCUGCCGCAUCCUUCGUAUGUUUAUUGCGCCAAGUACGGGCCCGGCAAUACGACGAUCGUGGCGACAGGAUGUUACGAUCGAGUAGUACGCAUUUGGGCGAACGACGACAGGAGGUCAAGGAAACGAGAACUGAGCCAGGAGCUGGAAGGCCACGAGGGUUUCGUCAAUUGCAUGGUUUUUCAAAAAAAUGGUAACUUAAUUACCGCCGAUAGCGUGGGAUUGAUAAUCCUUUGGACGAUUCGCGAAGACAGUAGGACGCCGUCAAAGAGAAUAGGACGCAUGUCGAGGAAGAUAAAACUUGGCGAGAUCGAGGGUGUCAUUAUCAAUACGAUCGUCCUGCAUCCCCUCGAAUCUAGACUCCUCGUGCAUUCGAGAGACAAUGGUCUGCGAAUCCUGGAUCUUGCAACCGGUGUAGUCUUGCGAAAGUACAAACGGCUGAAUAAUCAAAGAAUACAACUCAAAGCCUGUAUAUCUCCCUGCGGUGGCUUCGUUAUAUGCGGUAGCGAGGAUUCCGUACUAAAUAUCUGGAAUUUGGAGACAGGUAAAAACGUAGCUAGAUAUACGAACAGUGGACGUAGUUCGAGCAAGAUGAUUAUUAGCUGCGUGGAUUACCAUCCUUAUGAUCAUGUUUUGGCAUAUUCAAUAUUCGGUAGUUCUACGUCAGUUCGCGUCUUGAAGUAUAAUAAAAACGCGAGCGGCAAUGACGUUGGACUACAUCUUAUAGAAGACACGUCGCAAAUUCGAGGUAACGAAGUGAUUCUAAAUGCCACGAAUCAUCCUCCGUCUCGACAGAGUAAGCCUAGCUGUAGCACGGUAGGAAGGGAAGUAGUUUCUCCUCUAUCUCAUCGUCCCACGGCUAAUCAUACGAUAAUACAUAUCGAAAAUAACGAUUAUGAGCGAUCAUGGACGAUGCCGCAUCAUUCGAGAGAAAUAGAACGAAACUGGAGAAAGAAGAGCUGGGAUCGACUGCAUUGUAUUAUCGAAAAGAUCGACUCGAUAUUGUUCGGAAAUUCAAUGUUUUUUGACGACGUCGCUGAAGCCAAACGGAGUUCUAGCACAACCGAGCGCUGCGGCUCCUGGAUCAAUACGUCCAACAACAUUGCACUUCAACGAGGUGAUAUGCUUUUGGAAGACCAUACCUCAAACUCCACGAGAUUUCACGAUGGUGUCGUCCUUGGGAAUGGAAACGACACGCAAUCCAGUUUCACGACUGCAUCCAAAAGUCCGAAACACUCGUUCGAUUUCCGCAAUUCAGCAGCUCCAUUUAAAAAAACAAACACUCCCAAAUCGUCGCAUAUCAGCUCCCCAGAUAGCGCUGGUACUUAUGUAGUGGAAAUGUCCAACUUGAAAAACGUCGAGAUUGCUGAGGAGAUGGAUUCCGUUCGAAUAGUUGAAAGCGAUAGCUCACGGAUCAGCAAUGUUACAUUCCUGAUAGAGAACGAGCAUAAGUGAUACUCUUCGGACUUUGCAUCGGCUCCCUUUGGAAUCUUUUUUUUCCAAGGUUUGUGCCCUGUUAACAGGUUUUAUCUUUAUCACAUCAUAUAACACUUUUAUAUUAUUAAUUUCAUAUUUUAAUGAUAUGUAUGCAAAAAAUAAAAUGCAUGUAGAAAAAAUUAUUAUAGAUAAACUUUAUUUUACAUGUAACUUUAGUUGCAGAUCAAUAAAAAAAUAAAAAUAUUCGUUACAAUAAACCUCGUGAGAAUUUCUAGUGUUACGCAUACAAUAUAUGGCAAUAAAGUAAAUUAUUCCAAUCCAGGAGGUCAGAUCA